AUGGUCAAUGAAAAAAAAAAGAAAAUAGUGGAAGCAGGAAAAAAAACAGUGUUGGAUAAAUCGGAAGUGAAUUUUUGGGGAGAAUUAGUAGAAGUUUAUAUGUGCUGUUUGUACACGGAAGGAAAUAACAAAGCAAUUGAUGAUUUUGCUAAUCAAAUAAUAGAUGAAUAUUUUCGUAAAAUAAAGGAGAUGAAGGAGAAGCAACAAAAAGCUGCUGCUUUGGUUGACGAGUAUUAUAAUCAUGAUUACAGUAAAAUAUUUAAGAGGAAACAAUUGGAUAAAGCUGAACAAACAAGCAAAGAAGUUAGAAAAAUAAUUGAAAAAUUGUGGUACUUGAUCAAUAUUACAAUAAAUGUUUCUAAAUAUUUUACAACUGAUCCAACACCUUUUUAUUAUUAG